GCGGAAGAGAAUACGAAGAAGUCAAGAAAGAAGAAAAAAAUAGUUUAUUAUUGAGCGGGGAAAAGAAAAGGGCUGCUGACUGCAAUGCAAAGAAGAUGCUAUUGGUUGAUGGGAUGGGGAAUGGGAAAUUGAAAUUUUGGAAUUAGGAGGUCGUUAACUUGUUAUCAUCUCAGUCACUGACCGACCGAGUUUUUUUCUUUUGUUUUCGCAUCGAAUCGCAUCGCAGACGCAGAGAGAGAGAGAGAGAGUGAGAGAAUUGAAUUGCAAUUGCAUAGAUGAAGAGGUCUCUGAGAAAGUUGGGAGUUCUGGCAGUAGACAAGCAUGACCAUAACAUUCUGCCUUUGUCCCAGUUAGAGGACCUCGCUCAGGCUACCCAGGACAUGCAAGACAUGAAAGACUGCUACGAAAGCUUGUUUUCCGCUGCAGCAGAGGCCGCCAACAGUGCUUAUGAAUUCUCAGAGUCCUUGGGAGAAUUGGGCUCUUGUCUUCUUCAGAAAACCGCCUUGCAUGACGAUGAAGAAAGCGGCAAAGUUCUCAUAAUGCUCGGUAAAAUGCAGUUUCAGCUCCAGAAGCUCAUUGAUAACUAUCGCUCUCAUAUCACCCAGACAAUUACCAUUCCCUCAGACUCUCUUCUCAAUGAACUUCGAAUUGUCGAGGAGAUGAAGCAACAUUGUGACGACAAAAGAGAAGUAUACGAGUCCAUGUUAACGAGAUAUAGAGAAAGAGGUAGGUCUAGAAGUGGAAAAGCAGAGAGUGUUUCGUUGCAGCAGUUGCGAAUUGCUCGAGAUGAAUAUGAUGAGGAGGCUACAUUAUUUGUUUUCCGCUUGAAAUCUCUGAGACAAGGACAAUCGUGGAGCCUUCUAACACAGGCAGCACGUCAUCAUGCAGCUCAGUUGUGUUUCUUUAAGAAAGCAGUUAAAUCUCUUGAGACAGUAGAGCCACAUGUAAAAUCUGUAACACAACAGCAUCACAUUGAUUACCACUUCAUUGGUAUUGAAGGAGAGGAGGAAGAUGAAGAUGAUGAUGAUGAUGACAGCCUUGAUGAGAACGAUGAUGGGGAGCUGAGUUUUGAUUAUGCACCAAAUGAACACGAGCAAGAUGUUUCUUCUACCUUAGAGAAAUCAAUGAAGGAAAACUUUGAUAGGCUUCGCAGGAAUUCAUUCUCCUUCAGGGCUAGGUCAGUGAGCCAAUCUGCCCCACUUUUUGCUGACAAAAAACCUGAUUCUAUCGAAAAUCUGAGACAUAUGCGGCCAACAUUAUCACGGAAGAUCAAUUCAUACGUGCUGCCUACACCAGUUGAUGCAAAGAGUACAACAUCUUCGAGGUCAAUUAAUCAAGUAACUUCCAAACUAAAGACAAAUUUAAAUGAGCCUAUGAAGAAUUUGUGGCAUUCAUCCCCACUGGAACAAAAGAAAUAUGAAAACAAUUUUGGAGAUGGGGGACUUUCUGGUCCUAAUGUUAGGAAUGCACAGUCUGUACUCAAGGAGAGCAACAGUAAUACUGCAUACACAAGAUUUCCACCUCCUUUAAUUGAUGGUAAUUCAUCCUCAAAUUGUGGUUUUGUUGCCGCUUAUUCCAAAAAGAUUAAAAGACAUGCCUUUUCUGGUCCAUUGGUUAGUAAUGCAUGGCCAACCAAGCCUGUCUCGGUAGAAAGUGUCCAAUUGUUUUCUGGACCUCUUUUAGGGACCCCAAAUCUUCAGCCUCCAUUGUCGUCUCCAAAAGUAUCUCCUAGUGCUUCUCCCCCUCUUUCAUCUUCACCUAAAAUAAACGAGCUUCAUGAACUUCCAAGGCCUCCAACCAGUUCGCCAUCCAAUUCAAAGUUUGUAGGUUUGGUUGGACAUUCAGGUCCAUUGGUUUCCAGAGGUAAACAGCUUUCUGCUCCAAAUAAUUUGGUUGCGUCAAAUGCAGCAUCUCCAUUGCCAAUGCCUCCUCCAUCCAUGGCUAGAAGUUUCUCCAUACCUUCUAGUGGUGCUAAAGUUGCAGCAUUACAUGGAUCAAGACCACUAGAAGACCCUAAUAGAUCAACAAUAUCCGAAGAUAUUGCAUCAUCAGAUGGCUCUGAGACUGUUGCUCAUGCUGUCUAGUCUGGAGAUUAAUUGCUUUCGAGUAUGAAGAUAAGCUCUAUUCAACAUCGCAAGGGUCAAGUUUUGUUUCUCAUAGUUUGGUACAGUUGCAAAUCUGUAAAUAUUCCUUUUAUAAUUCUUUUAUACGUCGUUAAUAUUGUUAAUUCGCUCAUAAAUGGGAGCGUGUAUUUUAUUUUAUUGAAAUAAAUGCGCAUGUAUUGCGUUGUUGAAUUAUGCAUCUAAGCAGAGAUUUAGCUCCUUAAAGUGAAAUUUAGAGUGAAAAGUGAUAUAAAUCUUUCUACAACAUCGUCUCAAUAAUU